AAGAUUUCAACUGCCCUCCAUCACUCAGAACAAUCUCGAAAAUCAUUUACUACAACCAACAGCUGCAAGCAGUAUGUUUACGCAGAAAUCAACGAGCGUUGCGUCUUCCGCAAUGAAGUGUCAUGAGAUCAGGUAACGUGCACAAAAGCAUGGCGGGUGUUCUGUUUCCUUUUGCACUGCAUUCCAAUCUCUCUCAUCUAUCUGCAUCAAUUCAAUUGAUCAGAUGGCAUAUGCGAGGACUUGGGGUGAGGUGUAGAAGGAUUCGGAUCUGAGAAUAUACCGUUCAAAACUUGAUCUAGAUAAUUCUAGCGAAAGGACAUGCUUUCCCCUAUUCCCCUAUGCAUGAUCUCCUAACCUCUAUUCUAGCGGUAUUAUCUUAAGAGCAAGAGCAAGAUCAAGAAAGCAAGAUGUCGACUGAUAAGAUUACUUUCUUGAUGAACUGGCAUGCAACGCCCUACCAUGCACCCGUUUACCUGGCCCAGAAAAUGGGCUUCUUCGCCGAUGAAGGCAUCAAAGUUGCUCUUCUUGAACCUAACGACCCGUCCGACGUGACCGAAAUCAUCGGCAGCGGAAAGGUCGAUCUUGGAUUUAAGGCAAUGAUCCAUACAUUGGCAGCCAAAGCUCGUGGCUUUCCGGUGACUUCCAUUGGGUCUCUGCUCGAUGAACCGUUCACUGGUGUGGUGUAUCUGAAGGGGAGUGGAGUUACCACCGACUUCAAGAGCUUGAAGGAGAAGCGUAUUGGCUAUGUUGGAGAGUUUGGGAAGAUUCAAAUCGAUGAGUUGACCAAAUACUACGGCAUGGUUCCCAGUGACUACCAAGCCAUCCGCUGUGGUAUGAAUGUCUCCCAAGCCAUUAUCGAAGGCACUAUCGAUGCAGGCAUUGGACUCGAGAAUGUCCAGAUGGUUGAACUUGAGGAAUGGCUUGCGGGCCAAGGACGCCCCAGAGAUGACGUGCAGAUGCUGAGGAUCGAUGAGUUGGCGGAGUUGGGAUGCUGCUGCUUCUGCUCCAUCCUUUACAUUGCAAACGACAAAUUCCUAGCUGAGAACCCGGACAAGAUCCGCAAAUUCCUCACUGCCGUCAAACGAGCAACAGACUACGUCCUGGCUUCCCCCACCGAAGCAUACAAAACCUACAUCACCAUCAAGCCCGAAAUGGCUUCUGUGGUCAACACCAAGAUCUUCGAACGAUCCUACGCAUAUUUCUCUAAAGACUUGAAGAAUGUGCAACGAGACUGGGAGAAGGUGACUAAGUAUGGCAAGAGAUUAGGUGUUUUGCAGGAGGACUUUAGCCCUAACUAUACUAACAAGUUUUUGGGUUGGGAGCUUGAGGGAGAGAGUGCCGACCCGACUGGGGAUCAAAAAAGGAUGGUUAAGUUGCAGCAGGAGGUUGCGAACAAGGGAGGUUUUCAGAGGUUAGAUGUUAAGAUUGCUGCUUAGGUGGCUUCUUUCACUGGUAAUCUUGACGGGAAGAAGGAAAGACGUUGAAUUGGCUUGCAUUUAGCUAUCACACUCAUUUGCCCAAUAAUGAAAAUUGCUUGUGCUGCCACUGGAAAUAGUGGCAGCACAGCUCCAACUCUUAUC